CGCGGAACGGCAUUGAGACCGUCAUCGAGUCAAUUCCGCACUCUGGUCCUCUGAAUUCCCAAUCUCCUGGAUUCAGAGUCUCCUCCUAUCACUCUUCAUUUCAACUCUUCAUAUCCUAGAGUCCCGGCACUCUCAAACCCCUCCCGAAGCUCCCCAUACACCCACAUCUCAACCGCAUCAUCAAAUGGCCACCAUGGCCCCCCCACUCGCCUCGCGCCAAAUAACCGGCGUCGUCGUCUCGGCAGGCAAGAUGCAAAAAGCCGUCAAGGUCCAAAUCGCCCAGCAAGAAUGGAACAAGAAGAUCCGAAAACACUUCGCCUCCUCAACAACCCACCUCGUCUCCGACCCCAACUCCUCCCUCCGCGAAGGCGACGUCGUCCGCAUCGCCUCCGGCUUCCGCACCUCGCGCAACAUCCGCCACGUCGUCGCCGCCAUCAUCGCGCCCUUCGGCCCCCCCGUCGAAGCGCGCCCGCCCGUGCCUACAGCCGCGGAGCUCCUAGCUAUACGCGCGCAGAAGAGGAUCGAGAAGGAUGUGCGGCAGGCGGCGAGGGGUAGGGCAGCGAGUGCGGCGCGGGUAAAGGAGGCGGAGGCGCGGGGGCUGCCAUUACCGAGUUUAGAGGAGGCGACCCGGAAGAUUAAGGCAUUGGCGGAGCAGGAGAGGGCGCGGGCGAUGAAGGGGCAGCCGGCGGUGCGGAGUGGGUUGUCUGCGAAGGAGAAGAGGAUGGAGAAGCGGAACUUGACGGAUGGGGAGAGGGCGGCUAUUAGGACGCAGAGAGAGAAGGAAGCGGCUGGGAAGGGGGCGGAGAGUUGAAGGGGAUGUAGAGGAAUUCAUAGAGGGCGUUGAUGACUUCUGAUAUGAGAGGUGACCUGUAUGAUACCGGAGGGCUGGCAUUUUGGUGCAUAGGAGAACUCGCGUAUUGUAUCUCAGAUGUAAUUGUAAAAAUGUAAAAUCGAUAACGAAUGGCUUUCAAUU